AUUCCUUGGUGUCCUACAAAGAUCAAAGCAUCCGAAUUUAGCAUCACCAUCCAGUUCAACCCAUCACCUAGUUACAUUUAGUUGCUUAAUUGCCUUCGAGAGGAAGAGCAAAAGAGCGGCAUGGAUGCGUCUGCAGUUACAGUCCCUCCCAUGCAGACAAGUGAGAGCAACAGGAUUUCCAUCACCAUCUCCCCAAGGGCUGCAAGCUCCAAGAUCAUGCCAUAUGAGUUGGCCGAUGACGGCAGUGUCAGGUCACAGUCACAGGUUGAUCCUGCAGAAUCCUGUGAUGCUCAUGCAACUCACAAUCACCGUUGGAAUCAAUGCUUACCAAAGAUAGAAGCAGCUCCACUAAUCAAGAAGGUGAUCGCGGAGUUCCUUGGCACAUUUAUACUGAUCUUCACAGUGCUGUCCACCAUCAUCAUGAAUGAGCAGCACGAUGGCGUUGAGAGCCUACUCGGAAUCGCAACGUCUGCAGGUUUAGCCAUCACAGUCCUUGUGCUGUCCCUCAUCCACAUAUCCGGCUGCCACCUGAACCCAGCCGUUAGCAUCUCCAUGGCCAUGUUUGGCCACCUUCCCCCUGCACACCUUCUGCCUUACAUGACUGCACAAAUUCUUGGCUCCAGCGCCGCUUCCUUCACCGUGAACGGCAUCUAUCAUCCUGAGAACCCUGGGAUUGCCACCGUACCAAACAUUGGCACUGUCGAAGCGUUCUUCCUUGAGUUCAUCACAACAUUUGUACUUCUGUUCAUUAUCACUGCUCUUGCUACUGAUCCCCACGCAGUGAAAGAGUUGAUAGCAGUUGCAGUUGGGGCAACAAUCAUGAUGAAUGCUCUUGUCGCAGGACCAUCAACAGGAGCAUCGAUGAAUCCUGCACGCACAAUUGGUCCUGCAAUUGCCACCGGAAGAUACACCCAGAUUUGGAUCUACAUGGUGGCAACGCCGCUGGGUGCUAUAGCUGGAACUGGGGCCUAUGUUGCAAUUAAACUGUAG